UUCAAGUGAGAAAAAUAAUAAACAAAAAAGAAAAGAGAAAAACCACAACAGGGAAGGAACCAUGGAAGAACUACUACUUCUUCCACAGCUUCUACUCAAGAUCUUCAUCACUCUAGUUGUCAUUAGUCUAUGCAGUUUAUCCUUACAUUUCUACACAAUAUCAAUCCUAAACCCCAGAAAACUUCGAUCAAAGCUUAUAAAACAAGGAAUCAGAGGUCCUGCUCCAUCUUCUUUCAUUUAUGGAAACAUUCCUGAUAUGAAGAGAAUUCAAUCCAGUAAGUUUCUGAAGAUUAGUUCCACCGGUGAACAAAAUAUCAUCAAUCAUGAUUAUUUUCACAAACUCUUCUCCUAUUUCGAGCUUUGGGGAAAUGAAUACGGUCCGGUCUUUACUUAUUCAACUGGAAACGUGCAAAUUAUCUAUGUGAGCAAACCUGAAAUGGUGAAGGAAAUAAGUCAGUGGACAUCUUUGGAUCUAGGGAAACCUUCUUUUCUAAAGAGGGAUCGUGGACCUUUGUUAGGUCAAGGUAUUUUUACUUCUAAUGGGUCAUUGUGGGUUCACCAAAGGAAGAUAAUUGCUCCUGAGUUCUUCAUGGAAAAAGUAAAGGGGAUGAUGAAUCUGAUGGUGGACUCUGCAACAAAUAUGUUGAAAUUAUGGGAGAGUAAAGUUCAAAAUGAAGGGGGAGUUGCAGACAUAAGAGUCGAUUUGGAUUUGAGAAAUUUUUCUGCUGACAUAAUUUCAAGAGCUUGUUUCGGUAGUUCUUACAUCAGAGGCAAGGAAAUAUUUACCAAACUUAGGGCCCUUCAACAGAUCAUGGCUAUCCAAGGUUUACACAUGGGGGUACCUGGUUUGAGGCAUCUCCCCACUAAGAACAAUAGAGACCUUUGGAAGUUAGAGAAAGAAAUAGCUUUACUGAUUUUGAAGGUAGUAAAAGAAAGAAGAGAAGCUAAAUCUGAGAAUGACUUAUUACAAAUGAUCCUCGAGGGUGCCGACAGUGUAGAUUCAGGACUUGAUAACACUGACCAAUUCAUCGUUGACAACUGCAAGAACAUCUACUUUGCAGGGCAUGAAACUACAGCAACAUCAGCUUCAUGGAUCUUAGUCUUAUUAGCUGCAAGCCCUGAGUGGCAAAGUCGUGUUCGUGCUGAGGUGGAAAAUAUCUGUGCUGGUUCUUUGCCCAAUUUCAGCAUGCUUCGGAAGAUGAAAAAGUUGACUAUGGUCAUUCAUGAAGCAUUGCGGUUAUAUCCCCCGGCAGCAUUCGUCACAAGGGAGGCAUUUCAAGAUAUCACAAUUGCAGAUAUGCAGGUUGCGAAAGGAACCAAUAUUUGGAUUCCAAUAAUAAAACUACACCAGGAUCCAAAAAUUUGGGGUCCAGAUGCACACGAAUUUAAUCCAGAUAGGUUUUCUCGUGGAAUUGUGGGUGCAUGCAAGGCUCCGCAGGCUUACAUGCCCUUUGGAAUUGGUCCCCGCACCUGCUUAGGCCAAAAUUUUGCCAUGGUAGAAUUGAAGAUCGUAAUGUCUCUCAUAUUAUCGAAGUUUUAUUUCACCGUUUCUCCAAAGUAUCGACACUCCCCAGCAUUUAGACUUGUCAUAGAACCAGAACAUGGAGUGGAUCUGGUUAUAAAGAGGACUUGAAUUCUGAACUCAACCUCAAAUAUUCUGGAAGACAAAUUACUGACACGGAUUAUCGUAUCAAAUGUUGUUCGAUAAAUUCCAUUUUCGACAAUGAACAAAAUGGGAGGAACUAGUGAAACAUAUUAAAAUAGGGUCUUUCAACAUAAUUCAGAGCUCACAAAUUUCUA